AUGUCUGCUCUGCAGAAACUGCCUCAAGAGGCUCUGAUCAUAAUAUGCGACUUCCUGCUACCUCCUGAUCGUGCGGAGGACUACGGCUAUACAUACACAGGCCUGGCGACCCUUCUCGCGCUGGCAUCUACGUCUCGCCUCUUUCACGAGCACGCAUUCAACACCGUAUGGAACACCCUGCCAGGCUACAGCCUGCUCGUCUACACGCUUCCGAGGGAUGCAUGGACGGCGAAGGUCACACGGCUCGACCGCGCAUGGUCGGGCCCCAUCACGGAACUGUCUAUCGUUCGUCCUCUCGUGGAAGCCGACCUCACCCGUCUCAAGCACUAUGCCUGGCGUGUGAGGCAUAUAAUGCGGUCGAUGGACUGUCCCUACUUCCCAAAACGAGCGCGGAACCACCAAGCUCUUCCUUGCGUCCUCAAAGCCUUGGGCGAUGUGUUCAGACAGAUGCCGGGGGGUACAAUGUUGCUCAAUCUGCUCACACUUCGCUUGGAAUCACUUGACAAGAUCGACACAGCAGAGCAGGAGGUCUUCUACCGCUCCGUCGACGUGCUCUAUGGUCCGAAGCUGCGUGACUUCCUGGGUACCACCAAUCGCGCACCACGAGACGCUUACGAAGCUUCCCUCGACAAGUUGGCUGAGAUAUCCCCGGGAUUAGUCUCUUUCAACAUCUUCACGCCCUGGUACACCCGCCACACACUAUCCGCCUGCCGCACAAUAUGCAGCCUCAACCGUCUAGAAGACGUGCGCACCGGAAGCAUGCCCAUUAGCCCCGAAGCCUUUCUACACCUCGCCCAGCUGGCCUCAUUACAGUCAUUGGUCUGCCAGAUAGCACUUGAAAACGAGGAACAAUUCUUGGCCAUAUUCGAGAACGCGGAGGAGAAGGGCUACUUUCCGCGCCUGCGCGAGCUAUCCCUCUCACACCAGUCCAGCUUCGUACUUCCCACCGUCAUGCUUCAGGCCGUGUCCUCUUCCCAUCUGAACUCUAUUAGCGUCACGGUGCACGAGGGUCGCGUCUCUUCGCAGGCAGUCAAGGAUAUCUUCACCCAUAUAGCGAGCCGCAAAGGAAAAUCGCGCCUGCGUUCGGUGGAGGUCGAAGUCAUCAUACAUGGGCCCGACGACCCCGUCACGUUCGACACGAUAGAGCCGCUCCUCGCCCUCUCCAAGCUGACCUCGGUCAUCGUGAAGGGUUUCCACCGCUACGCCAUCGACGACCUCGCGCUGCUCGCGAUGGCCGCCUCCUGGCCCCGCAUACGUCGGCUUGAGCUCGGGCCCGAAACGCUCGCCGACGCCCCCAAGGCGCUCGCGACGCUCACAGGGCUCGUCGCGUUCGCGCAGAACUGCCCGGACCUGCGCUCGCUCGGGCUCGGGCUCAACACGGACACACGACGGAUCUCGGAGAUCUUCCACACGUUCCGCCCAGGGCUCGGGAUGGAGCAGCGCCGGCUAAUCAUGCUCAAGGUCGGGCGGUCCCCCAUCGAGGACCCCGUCGCGGUCGCCGCCUUCCUGUCGGACCUGUUCCCGAAGCUGUGCAACAUCGAGAACGACUUCGCGUUCGAGGAGGACGCUUGGGAAGACUUCGAGGGGACCGAGGAUGAGCGCGAACGCAUACUCGCGGACGCGGUGCACCGGAGCCGCUGGGGGGAGGUGGACUGGGAGUACUUGCCGCGGUUCGUGCAGAUACGAAAACAGGAGCGGAAGUGGGCCAAGAAGGUGGGGCUGAAGCCAUUGCCUCCGUUGAACAUUGUGAAGCCCUUUGUCCGCUCUAGUUAAGCUAAUCAUAAUGACAGCGCACUAACAUGUAACACACAGUCCC